AUGGAUCAGAUAAUGGGGAAGGCAGGCGGGUACUUGUUCAACCAGCAGGCCAGCAAGGAGAUGAGAAACGUCGGCGACGACCUCAAUAGUAUAUCAAGCAGCAUGGGAGAUGGAGCCAAAUGGAUGGUCAACAAAAUAAAAGGAAAAAUGCAGAAACCAUUGCCUCAACUCCUAAAGGAAUACGACCUUCCAAUGGGCCUCUUCCCACAAGACGCGACCAAUUACGAGUUUGACGAGGAGACAAAGAAGCUCACGGUGCACAUCGCGUCGGCGUGCGAGGUUGGCUACAAGGAUUCGUUGGUGCUCCGGUUCUUCACCUGCGUGACCGGCAAACUCAACAAGGGGAAGCUGUCGGAGGUGGAGGGCAUCAAGACCAAGAUCCUCAUCUGGAUAAAGGUGACCGCCGUCAGGACGGAAGCCUCCAAGGUGCAUUUCUGCGCAGGCUUGAACAAGACCCGGAAUCGCGACGCCUAUGAGGUUGUCAGGGACGGUGUUUCAAUAGACAAGUUCUAG